UGCAUUUUCCAAAUGUGUUAUUGUGUUGUGUUAAUCAUACGUAGUGUUUGUAUGCAUGUAUAUACAAAGGAAGGGGUUGGAGGUGAGGAGCUCUUACAGAUUUCCGGUUUUGCACAGUAAUUUCUGUCUGGUUUUUGUUACGUAGAGUAAAGUGGCCAAGAUCUGGUAUAGAUCGCAAAUACGUCAAGAAGCGUAUAGAAAAUAAGAAGCCGUCCAGCGUACGCAUCUUCUUAAACGAUUCGCUCUUCGUUCUUCACUUCUGUACAAUAUUUUUCGUCGGAAAAGAUCUAAUCUUUAGAUUUUGUCUUAACCAUUCAUGAUAUGACCAAUUGUAUAAAUCAUAUAAUAAAUCGUUCGUUUAAACUAUUCAAGAAGAAUCGUGUUCUUUUUGUAAUUAAACUAUCAUCAUAGUGGUUAACAAAAUUACAAUAGAUAUAUACAGAACAUAUCUUAAUUACAUCAGUAAGCAUGUCUACUACGAAUAAUGAAAAUGUAAAUAGUAAUACAUGUGUUGUAUGUUAUAAAAAUGUGGAAAUUUAUAGUAUAGGGAUGUGCGAACAUCCCGUAUGUUAUGAAUGUAGUACACGAAUGAGAGUACUUUGUCAACAAAAUGAAUGUCCCAUUUGUCGUCAAGAUUUACCAAAAGUUGUUUUUACCAGAGAGAUAAAACCCUUUCGUUUUCUUCGAAAAGGUGGUUUAUUGGAUACACGAUAUGAUAUUUACUUUGACACCGUUGAUAUACAAGAGAAAUUUUAUGAGUUAUUAGUUGAUAUUUGCACCAUUUGCGAAGACAAAAAAGUCUUUAGUAAUUUUCAAAAUUUAAAAGAUCAUAUGAGACAUCAGCAUGAACUUCAUUAUUGCGAUCUUUGUGUGGAAAAUUUAAAGAUUUUUUCUUGCGAACGACGCUGUUACACAAGAUCGGAUCUUGCUCAACAUCGAAGAAAAGGCGAUGCAGAUGACAAGAGUCACAAAGGUCAUCCGCUUUGUGAAUUUUGUGAUCAAAGAUAUAUGGACAAUGAUGAGUUGUAUCGUCACUUGAGACGAGAUCAUUUAUAUUGUCAUUUCUGUGAUGCAGACGGUUUACACCAAUAUUACAGCUCAUAUGAGUACCUUAGAGAUCAUUUUAGGCUAGAACAUUUCCUAUGUGAAGAAGGAAUGUGCAUAGAUGAACAAUUUACCAGUGUCUUUAGAACCGAUAUAGACCUAAAAGCGCAUAAAACGAGUGUUCAUGGAAAACAAUUAAGCAAAGCUGCAGCUAAACAAGCUAGAACUUUGGAGCUAGAGUUUACUUUGGCACCUCGAGGCGAGAACAGAAUUAGAAGAGGUAUGACAGGACCAUCUACUUCCAAAAGUACAAGAGAUUAUGGAUUUAGAGAUCAUAAUUCUAGAGAAUAUCAACAACCAAUGACAACAACUAGUGCAAGCAGCAAUUCUCAAACUAAUGUUGAAUCUCCAGCUACUUUUAUUAAACAGCCAUCCGUCGAUGUUCAAAGUAGAGAAGAAUUUCCAACUUUGGGCAAUUGCUCUUUCGUACCUAAUUUAAAUCAACCUACUAAAGGUAGAGGUAAUGUAACUAUUCGUAGUACUGUAAGACCUCAAUCAUUGGCUGUCACUGAUGAAAACUUUCCUGCAUUGGGUCCUGAAUCUACUAAUGCUAAUGUUUCUAAAACCGUUAACGUUAGUGUUUCCAGUGCUAAUUUAGUUGGAUCAAAUGUGCCACAAAGUCGAAAAGGUUCAACGCCCAAUGUUUCUAUCCAAGUGAAUCGUGAAAUUAAUGGUACAGUUACCACUAGAGUAUCUGGUCCUAAUGUUAGGGUUCGACCCGCACAAUUAUCUGUAGAUUCUGAAUUUCCUGUUUUGGGCUGUAAUAAACCCUCUACCAGUACUCCCAAUUCAGCUCAAUGGAAAGAGGUCUUACAGUGGACAACUUGUACAAAAUCCUCGUCGUCUGCAGCAACUCCAAAAUCAAAGAAAACAGUUCGAUCAUUAGCACCAUCUCCACCACCAAUACAAUCUGGAGAGGAUUUUCCAAGCUUAUCUAAAUCAUCCAAGCAAAAUAAACAAUCUGCAAUAAUGGUUGUUCCACCACGGGCUCAACCUCCUCAAUCUUCUGGCAUUUCUAAUAACAAUGCCAAAACCACUGCAGAAUCAGUCAAAGGAAAAACAAAAAAGAAAAAGGCAAAACACAAUUCUAAUGUAAAUGAAACUAAUAAUAUUAAACCAAAUAAGAUUAAUACUGAUGUUAAGAAAAAUGGUGAAUCUAGUGGCACUACUAGCGACGUGGCUGGUUCAAUUCAGGUUUUAGAACCAACAAAUGAUACGAUUAGUAUCUGCAAUGACAAUUUAUUAAAAAAUUCUACUAAACAUAAUAGCAAUGAUAAACAGAAUGGACGAUCAUCUAAUGAUACAUCAUGUAACGGUAUAAAAAAUUCUAACAAUAUUAAACAUUCUAAGGAAGUUGAACAUACAAAUAAAAAGGAUAAAAAGAAAUGUAAAAACUUAGAAGAAGGUUCUUGUGCAGUCAUUGUAAAAGCAAGUUCUGAAGUUAGUAAUAAAAGUAGCAACAUAUUAAGAAAACGUACUGAACUUAAAAUAGACAGUCUCAACUCUACCAAUAAUAAUAAUGUCCAUCAAAUGGAAGACUUUCCGAGUUUGGGCAGUAGCAGUUCUAAACCGCCAGGUUUUAUAGAUCCUCCACCUGGCUUUGAAUCUACUACAUCUCCACCUCCAGGAUUCUGUAUCAAAGUUGAAAAUAUGGAACAGUUGCAUAGUAAUAAUGGAUUGACAUUUACAAACAGUUCUGGUGAAAGUUAUGCCAUUUUGCCAGACGAUUAUAAGCACAAUACUUUGUACACUUAUAUUCUUCCACCAGAUUUUCAAAAACGGAAUAAAUCUCUCGUAGCUAAAAUGAAUGAAGUAUUAAUGGAAAAAGAUCGGAUUGAAGAAUUUCGCUAUAUAAGUGGAUUAUUUCGACAAGGUGUUUGCAGUGCCGAAGAAUAUUAUGCACAUUGUUGUACCGUUAUGGGUAGAACAGCAGUUGAAGAUGUGUUUCCCGAGCUUUUAGUUCUUUUACCUGAUAUUCCGAAGCAACAAGAACUGUUUAAAGUUUAUCAUAAAGAACUGGGUAAUCAAGUUAAAGGUUUACAAAUUUGUACAACAUGCAACCAAGUUUUAAAACAUUCGGAUUUUCAAACACAUAUGGCUAAUCAUUCGUUAGAAAAUCAUUUUCCAGUGCUUGGUAAAAAUAAUACAGCUCCCAAUAAGAAUAAUACGUGGGUACGCAAAUGAGUUCGAUUAUUAUGGACAUUUCAAAAUAGAUGAUUUAGUAAAGUCAUGUAAAUGAAUGUAUGCAUUAUUAUUCCAAUUUGUCUUUCCUUUGGAAUCAUAUUGAUGCAAAAUAAUACUUUUCAUUAUGUUGCACUAUCCAAUUAAACGAGUAAUAUUUAUUCCAAUCAAGUUGCAGAAAAUAAUUGUCUAUAUAUGAUCACAAGAUAAAGUUACUUUGUUAAAGCCUAAAUGGUUAAUUGAUAAGUUACAUAGCUGCCACUUGGUUAAAAAAUGCGAUUACUUUGCGCGAAGUUUAUUCAUUUUUUGUUUUUCUUUUUCUAUAAUAUAAAAAUAAAAUUAUUUUUGUUAAUAACCACAAAUUUCCGUGAAUUGUAAGCUCUAAAGAAUAUGAUCAAAUAAUAUAAUUAAAAAUAGUGCAUUAUAUGUGAAGUAUAAUCGCAAGAGUUGCAUUAAAAACAACAGUCUGUUCCAUUAUAUGUUGAGAAGAACACAGUGUACAUAAUGUUUACUAGUUUUUUCUUUUGUAAAUUAUUUACUUUUUAUGGAAUAGACACAGAGAAUAGAGCUUUAUGAAAUAUAAUAUGCCACAUAUUAAAAAUAACGUGUGAUGUAUUAUAUUAUACACAGUAUUUGUAUGUCCAAUGUAGUACCGUUUUGUACAAUAAUAAAGUUAUAUGUUCAUCAGUUAGUUCACGAGAUUAGUUUUGAGGCAUUUUUCUUUUUAAUAAUUAAUGCAUGUAAUAGGGAAAGUUGUCAUAUUCAUUAAAUAUAAAAGCAAAAUAAAUUUGUGAGCUAUGGUUUA